AACCUUAUGCCAUAUAAUUCAACUAUUUAAUUAGUUAAAUUUCAUACUCAUCAGCUGAGUUUUUCUCCUUUGGCGAUUGAGUAGAAAAUUGAUUUUCACCUUAAACAGAAAUCACAUUUAAUUAUUUUUCUCUUAAAACAGAUUCGAGCGCGCCAAAAAAUUAAAUAAAUUAUGCAACAGCUGUCAUUAAUAAAGUCGAGCGCGAAAAAGCCAAAAGCAACAAAAAAUCGAAAAUAUCCCACAAUGAAUCAAGGUCAGUGUAAAAACAGCAUAAAUGCAACAGCAGCAACGCAACACAAAACAGCGGCAAAUUGAAGUUGCAUUUCGCGUUGAAAAUCCAGUUUUGUAUUUGGUGAGGUGCACUUGUAGUUAAAAAAAAAAAAAACACACAAGCCGCGAUAUAUUCGAAAAACGCACUCACGUUCGAGUGACUAUUGAUUUCUUUUACAUAUCAAGUGAGCUGAAAUUGAUUCAAUCAUGCCGCACAGGUUUGCAUCUCCGGCUGAGAGAAUGCCGGCGCUCGGUUUUUGGGGAAAUAUAAAUUUACUCCAUGUCAAAAUCAAUUCACAGCAAGAAAAUUAAACUUUUGCCAUAUCGGGUUUCAUAUUUUUCAUAUUUCCCACCGACAUACUCACAUUCACACUCACACUCACACACUCGCAUCCACGGAUCGCUUUUUUGGGGCGUGUCAGUGUCUGGGUUCUUGUAAUUAAUCGCUGUGAAUGCAAAAAUUUAUGAGAUUUUCAUGGAUUUUUGAAGCCUUCUGCGGAGUUAUGUGGGUUGUCCACGGAUUGGCAUUGAAGUGCGUGGAAAUCCGAAAAAAACACUCGCGGUGACUAUGUGCCAACUGACCAUAUAUCAAUUAAAGUCACAGUCACAACAAAAUCGUGUGACAAUUAAAUCCGCAAUAUACCGAAUCGAUUGACUUGGCAAUCGUUCAACUGCGAACCAUUUGCAUGGCUCGGCGAUAAAUACGAUAAACCGCUUUAACGAUUAUGUGAUAAACACUGAGAUUGAUCUGUCACAAUAUCCAGUCAAUGUCAACUAAUCAGCCAGGCGGCUAAUAGCAAUAUAAUUAGUUAAUUAAGACCCGUCCAAAAGCAUAGAAGUCGGGGCUUGACUUAGACGAGAUGAGAUAUCGGAAAACUUAAAGCAAUACAUAAAUGUACAUAAGCUCAAUGCUUUCCUAGAAAAUUUAUGUUAAACUUAUCAAGCUUAGUAGCCAUAUUUCCAUUUAUGUAAAUUAAGUCAUGAGAAAACCAGGUCCUUUCGCAGGUUAUUCAUUCACAAGCAAACAAACAAGUUUGCCAACCUUCUUCGGUGUUUCGAAAUAAGAUUUAAUCAGUCCGCCAAUUUUCAGCCAAACAAUCCCAAUCCGGAAAACGUGUGUUUGCAUUUGUCUGCCUUUUGGUUUUGAUUUUGUUUCCACUUAUUUUAUUUUGUUUUGCCUUGCUUUACCUUUUUCAUUUUCUUCACACCCAACUUGGGAUGUAAAUAUUUGAAUUUUCCAUUCGCUUGCAGAUGGCUUAAAGUUUCCGAUUGGCUAGGGUUGAAAUUUCACCGCGAGAAUGUGUUGCUAGGGGAAAGUAUAACCAUUUAUACUUUAGUUAAGAGAUUACAUUUUUCCUUUAUAAACCACUUUAUUUCACUUCUCAAAGUUUACAUAGUCAUUUUCAUCACCUUGUCGCCUACCUGCACAAACUCUUUCAAAUUCGAAUAAAAGAUACUAAAUAACCCAGUGUCUAUAAUCGAUAUUCAUAGUAAAUAAAUAACAAUCGCUGUUUGUUUACAAUUAGUAAAGGCGAGGGAAGCGAAACGAUUAUUAUUCAUGAAUGAAAAUGGGCCAUAAAAUACCCCACAGAUUCGAUUAGAGCCAAUUGAAAUCAUUCGUCGUCAUCGCUGGCGGUAUGGUUAGUGCUAUUUAAUACCUUAACAAGAAGAUUAUAAGUGGGUAUAUUAAAUGGGUAUAUACAUAUAUUCAAUAAAUCCAAAAAAAAUGUUAGAUUGAAUUUGGUUUCAUUUUGGAUUUGUCACUUAGCCUUUUGGUUUUUCCUUUGAGAUAAUGGAAUAUAUUGCCAAAAUUCGUGUUUUAAUUAAAGGUAUAAUUUUUAUAUAUAUUUCCUGUGCCAAAGUAGUAUAUAAGGGAAGGUAUCUUACAGUCGUCAUUGCCAAGUACUGGCUCUGUAUUUUUUCUUAUUUUUUUCCUUAUCCACGGGCCACUUUUCCGAGGUGCCCAACUAUCCGCUCAGUUGUUGCUGUUUUCGGUUGCUAGUUGCGAGGUCAGUGGAACAUAAACAUGCCAUAAAUCAUCCGGCAAAAGUGUGAGCGAAUUCGCGGCGGAGGCGGAGGUGGCUCGUGCUGGGAAUCUCUUUUAUUUUUGGACAUAUUUUUGUCCUUCCUCAUCCUGCACUGAACUCAUCAUACUGGCAUUUGGGGCGCGCUGAACGUGAAGUUAAGAUUCAUUUAGUUGUUGGGCGCACAUACGAGUAUGCGAAAAAAAAGCGAUUCGUCGACACUUUGCAGCCCAUCGCAAAUCUAAAACUGUCAACAGACUCAUUAAUUAUGACUUGGUCAUAGUGGUGAAAAAUGGGUCGUGGCCCACGAUUCGGCCGGAAACAUUCUGUGUCAAAUUUGUCAUUCAUCAGGUUUGUGUGUGCGAGUGUGUGCUCUUCCCUUAGCCUUUUGUUUCUGACAGGAACAAGGCUCGGUCCUGUGUCCACCGGUUUGGGCCAUCUCUAGUGAUUUAGGUCCAUUGUUUGGAUGAAGUGUUUGAUGGGCCGUUGGCUAAUUUUGUACGUUAUGAAUUCGGGUUAAGCGUGGGUGAAAAACUUUCUUUUGUACCGGCAUGAUGAGGGUAAUGUGACAAAAGUUUGUGGCACUGGACAAGAGAAUCCACCUUUUUGCUUCAAAAUAUAGCUAAUUAUAAAAUGUUGCAUACAAUUUAAAUUAAUAUUGCCAUAAAUAGAUAAUAAUCAUUAAAACGUUAAUAGCAUAAUGUGCUGCUGGGGAUAAUGGCAUGCAUUAGCCGCAAACCAUCAAGAGCCCAUAUAACAAAAAUUAUAAUAAAUUACGAACCCUGACUGACACCUCAUUAUCGCAUCCCCUUAGACAGCAUCAAUCACCCCGAUAACCCGAGAAUUCGCUGCAUUUGAGCCACAUUGAGCGUAUAAAACGGCAGCAAUCACAGUGAAUGCCAUUUGCCGUCGUGCAAUAUAUACGUACAUACAUAAGAGAAAAAAAAAAACAAUAAAGUGCAACUGAAGCGGAAAGUGAAUGCAAAGUGAAUGAAAUAAAUUCGAACUGCGGCAGAGAAGUGAGUGAGCUGAGUUUAAGGAACCGCAACGGCAGCCGAGAAUCAUGAGCGAGAAACGAAUCGCACACAAAACUGUCAUCAAAUGACAAAUGCUUGACAGCAUCAAUCAACAAAAGCGACGACAGCGACAGCGACGAUGGCAGCACGUUGCCGGUGGAGCUGGCGCCUGGCGCUCUGCCCACUGCUGCUGCAACUGCUUCUGCAGCUGCUCCUGCUGCCGCCAUCGGCAAUGGGCCAUGAUGAAACCAAAGAAAAUCCCGCUCCGGCCAUGCAAAAUAGCCAGGAGCAAGAGCCAUAUGUCCGCCUGCAACAUCUGCAGCAGCAGCAGCAAAAUCCACAAACCGUCCAACAACUUAGCCAAAUUACCGUGAAUAGAACCUCGAAAUCAGCCACUGCCACGCCCACGGGCAUCAGAGAGAACGUGAUGCUGCCAUCGGCCGAUCCGGAGAAGGAGGCCCAGAUCCUGUACGAGAAGUCCUUGCAGGAGUACCACGGCAGUCAGCUCUCCACCGCCUCCACCUCCAUGGACGUCAUCGCAGGCAAGCGGACUUUGCACUCCAUUUGUGAGCGGUGGCUGCAGAAGCAUUGCCACUGCACCGGCAGCGUGGAGGUCCUGCGGCUCAGCUGUCGAGGCAUAGGGAUCCUGGCCGUGCCCGUCAACCUUCCCAGCGAGGUUGUCGUCCUAGAUUUGGGUAACAACAACUUAACCAAAUUGGAGGCGAACUCAUUUUUUAUGGCACCCAAUCUGGAGGAGCUAACUUUGUCCGACAAUAGCAUCAUUAAUAUGGAUCCCAAUGCAUUCUAUGGCCUGGCCAAACUGAAACGAUUGAGCCUGCAGAACUGUGGCCUCAAGUCCUUGCCACCGCAGUCGUUCCAAGGACUUGCUCAGCUGACCAGCCUACAGCUGAAUGGCAACGCCCUGGUCAGUCUGGAUGGCGAUUGUCUGGGCCACCUGCAGAAACUGCGCACCUUGCGAUUGGAGGGCAAUCUCUUCUAUCGCAUUCCCACGAAUGCCUUGGCCGGACUCAGAACCCUAGAAGCACUCAAUUUGGGCAGCAAUUUGUUGACAAUAAUAAACGACGAGGACUUUCCGCGAAUGCCAAACUUGAUCGUGCUUUUGCUGAAGCGAAAUCAAAUCAUGAAAAUCUCCGCGGGAGCUCUUAAAAAUUUAACCGCCUUAAAAGUUUUGGAACUGGACGAUAAUUUAAUAAGCAGCCUGCCCGAGGGACUCAGCAAAUUGUCGCAACUGCAGGAGCUUUCCAUCACCAGCAAUCGAUUGCGCUGGAUAAACGACACGGAACUGCCCAGGAGCAUGCAAAUGCUGGACAUGAGGGCCAAUCCUCUGUCCACGAUUUCGGCAGGGGCGUUUCGGGGGAUGUCCAAGUUGCGGAAGCUGAUUUUAUCGGAUGUGCGAACUUUGCGCUCGUUUCCCGAACUUGAGGCAUGCCAUGCGCUGGAGAUACUGAAACUGGAUCGUGCCGGCAUUCAGGAGGUGCCAGCGAAUCUAUGCCGCCAAACGCCAAGACUGAAGAGUUUAGAACUAAAAACCAAUUCCCUAAAACGCAUCCCAAAUUUAAGUAGCUGCAGAGACUUAAGGCUGUUAGAUCUAUCGAGCAAUCAAAUUGAAAAGAUUCAGGGAAAGCCCUUCAAUGGAUUGAAACAAUUGCACGAUCUGUUGCUCUCCUACAAUCGAAUCAAGGCACUGCCACAAGAUGCCUUCCAGGGCAUUCCGAAGCUCCAACUUCUUGACCUGGAGGGCAACGAGAUCUCGUACAUACACAAGGAAGCCUUCUCCGGUUUCACAGCCCUCGAGGAUCUCAACUUGGGCAACAAUAUUUUUCCAGAGUUGCCCGAAUCGGGACUGCGCGCUUUGCUACACUUAAAGACCUUUAACAAUCCAAAACUUAGGGAGUUUCCACCACCUGACACCUUUCCCAGAAUCCAAACUCUUAUACUCUCUUAUGCCUACCACUGCUGCGCGUUUCUCCCACUGGUGGCCAUGUCCUCCCAGAAGAAAACCUCCCAGGUCCAGGAGGCUGUACUCUUUCCCUCGGAUGCGGAGUUUGAUAUGACUUUGUGGAACAACAGCAUGAUGAAUAUCUGGCCACAAAUGCAUAACCUCAGCAAGCAGUUGGGUGCUUCCAUGCACGAUCCUUGGGAGACGGCCAUUAACUUCAACGAGGAACAGUUGCAAACGCAAACGGGAGGCCAAAUCGCCACCAGCUACAUGGAAGAGUACUUCGAGGAGCACGAUGUGAGUGGUCCUGCCACUGGAUACGGCUUUGGCACUGGACUAUUCUCUGGUAUGUCCACAGAGGACUUUCAGCCGGGUUCGGUGCAGUGCCUGCCAAUGCCAGGACCUUUUCUGCCCUGCGCCGAUCUCUUCGAUUGGUGGACUCUGCGCUGCGGAGUGUGGGUGGUUUUUCUGUUGUCCCUCCUGGGCAAUGGAACGGUGGUGUUUGUGCUGCUCUGCUCGCGAUCUAAGAUGGAUGUGCCCCGAUUUUUAGUCUGUAAUCUGGCCGCGGCCGACUUCUUCAUGGGCAUUUACCUGGGUAUCCUGGCCAUUGUGGAUGCAGCGACGUUGGGCGAAUUUCGCAUGUUUGCCAUUCCUUGGCAGAUGUCCGUGCUCUGCCAAUUGUCCGGUUUUCUGGCCGUACUCAGCUCAGAAUUGUCCGUUUACACGUUGGCUGUGAUCACCUUGGAGCGCAAUUACGCCAUCACUCAUGCCAUUCACCUGAACAAGAGGCUCUCCUUGAAGCAGGCGGGAUAUAUAAUGAGUGUAGGAUGGGUUUUUGCCCUGAUCAUGGCUUUGAUGCCUCUGCUGGGUGUUUCGGACUACAGGAAGUUUGCCGUGUGUCUGCCAUUCGAGACCACCACGGGACCGGCCAGUUUGACCUAUGUAAUCUCACUGAUGUUCAUCAACGGAUGCGCUUUUCUCACUCUGAUGGGUUGCUACCUGAAGAUGUACUGGGCCAUAAGGGGCAGCCAGGCAUGGAAUACGAAUGAUUCGCGAAUUGCCAAGCGAAUGGCUCUGUUGGUCUUUACGGACUUCCUUUGCUGGUCACCUAUCGCCUUCUUCUCCAUCACUGCCAUCUUUGGCCUGCAACUGAUUUCCCUGGAGCAGGCCAAGAUCUUUACGGUAUUUGUGCUGCCUUUGAAUAGCUGCUGCAAUCCCUUUCUUUACGCCAUAAUGACCAAGCAGUUCAAGAAGGACUGUGUGAUGUUGUGCAAACAUUUCGAGGAAUCCCGCGUUGUGGGAGGUGGCGGUCCGGGUGGACGUGGUGCAGUGGCAAGAACCAAGAGGGGUGAACUCCCGCCACCACUCUUGCCCGCUGCAGCGGUGGCACAUCCGCCAGGCUGUCGAUGUCUACGGAUGCUGCCCAGCGAAAUGCCCAACUGGCAUAAAAUGGAGCAGACGCCGAGCUUGUGGCAAAGAUUGAGAACCUUCUGCUGCGGGGAGAGCCGAAAGCGUCGCAAACAGCGACGGCAACCGCAACAGCGACGCCAGAGAGCCUAUACUGCCGCAGCCGCAAAUCCGUAUCAGUAUCAGUUUGCUGAACUGCGUCAGCAGCGCCAGAAUCGGGCCAGUUCAAUUUCCAGCGAGAACUUCUGCAGCUCAAGAUCCUCCAGCUGGCGACAUGGUCCACCAUCCUCAGCACCUGUGCCACCGGGUAACUGCAGCAUGCCGCUGAAGAUGCUGGAGCCACAUGCUCAUCCGCACGGUAAUGGGCGCAGACGACACUCCGCCUGGUUGAUCACGCGGAAAACGUCGCAGGACUCGAACUUGUCCAGCUCGCGCAAUGACUCCUCCGCCUCGGCCACCACCGCCAGCACCUCCACCUUCCGGUUAUCCCGGUCAAGUGCCGGCAGCAGCACACCCCUGCCCUCGAUCAUAGCCCACAACGGGAAGGCCCAGUUGGAUGCAGUGAAACCACGAUUGGUCCGCCAGGAAGCAGUCCAGGAGGAAGAGGACUCCUCACCACCCCGCCUGGGAGUGCGUUUCCUGCCCACCAUACCCUCGGCUGCCGACAGUUCUGUCGUCAUGGAAGAUGGGGACUCGGCCAACACCGGAGUAGCCAGUUUUCUAGGCAUGCCACUUCCUGGGGCGUCCAGUGGCUUCCUUAUAGCUCCAACUACCGCUGCCACCUCUCCACCACCGGUGGUCCUGCAGCCGGCAAAGCCACCUCCCGAUCCCAACGACGCACCACUAUGAUGGUGGGACUGGCGCUGGCCAAGAUUGGGUGGGGCCAACCGGGAGACCUUUCUGUAAAAGUAAUGGGGAAC